CCUCCUGCUCCUCCUCCUGCUGCCGCCGCUGCCGCUGCCGGCCCCGGCCGGGCUCUGCGCGGCGGGAUGGAGGUGGAGGAGGCGUUCCCGCUGGUGGGGCAGAUGGGUCCCUACCAGGUGUACCUGUGUGUCCUGCUGGCCGUGCUCCUGCAGCUCUACGUGGCCACUGAAGCCAUCCUCAUUGCACUGGUGGGGGCAACUCCUCCUUACCACUGGGAUCUCGAAGAGCUCUCAGCUAACCAGAGCCAUAGCAACCAGUCAGCGAGCGAGCAGAGGGCCUUUGGGGAAUGGCUCCUGACUGCCAAUGGCAGCGAGGUUCACAAGCACGUACACUUCAGCAGCAGCUUCACAUCAAUAGUCUCCGAGUGGUUUUUAAUUGGCAACACAUCGUACAAAGUCAGUGCUGCCAGUUCUUUCUACUUCAGUGGUGUGUUUGUUGGAGCAAUUUCCUUUGGCCAGCUCUCAGACCGCUUUGGGAGGAAGAAGGUCUAUCUCACAGGUUUUGCCCUUGACAUCUUGUUUGCCAUUGCAAAUGGAUUCUCACCCUCAUAUGAAUUCUUUGCCAUGUCUCGAUUCUUGGUAGGGGUGAUGAAUGGUGGGAUGUCGCUGGUGGCCUUUGUUCUUCUGAAUGAGUGUGUGGGUACUGCAUACUGGGCAUUAGCAGGAUCUAUUGGUGGCUUGUUCUUUGCUGUGGGAAUUGCCCAGUAUGCUUUAUUAGGGUACUUCAUUCGAUCCUGGAGGACUCUGGCUGUUGUGGUUAACCUGGAAGGAACAGUAGUCUUUCUUCUCUCUCUAUUCAUUCCAGAGUCCCCCCGCUGGCUAUACUCGCAAGGCCGGCUGAAUGAAGCAGAAGAUGCCCUCUACCUCAUUGCAAAGAAGAACCGCAAGCAGAAGUACACUUUUUCAUUAAAACUCCCAGCAGAGAGAAGCCCCAGAGAGGCUGGCAGUUUCUUGGAUCUGUUCCGAUACAGGAUUCUCUUGGGACGCACGUUGAUCAUGAUGUUCACCUGGUUUGUGUGCAGCUUGGUUUACUAUGGUCUUACGCUUAAUGUAGGUGACUUAGGUGGAAGUAUUUAUGCCAAUUUAGCCCUUUCAGGGUUGAUAGAAAUCCCAGCGUACCCAAUCUGUAUUUACUUGAUUAACCAAAAAUGGUUUGGUCGAAAGCGAACGUUGAGUGCAUUUCUGUUCCUGGGAGGAUUGGCUUGUCUUAUUGUCAUGUUUCUUCCUAAAAAGAAAGAGACUGGAGUGUUUGCAGUGAUGAACAGUCGUUCUCUUUCUUUGUUGGGAAAAUUGACAAUCAGUGCUGCAUUUAACAUUGUCUAUAUCUACACAUCAGAACUUUAUCCCACAGUGAUCAGGAAUGUUGGAAUGGGUGCCUGCUCCAUGUUUUCCCGUGUUGGUGGAAUCAUUGCUCCUUUUGUCCCUUCAUUGAAAUCUGUACAGUGGUCUCUGCCUUACAUUGUAUUUGGAGCAACUGGUCUUUUGUCUGGGCUCCUAAGUUUAUUGUUGCCAGAAACCUUAAACAGCCCUUUGCUAGAAACAAUUUCAGACCUGCAGGUGUGCUCGUACUGGAGGCUGGGGGAUGAAGCCAUGUCAUUGCAAGCCCUAGAUGGCUCACAGUCUGGAGACAAGGACAAUUCUGCAGGAAGUGGAAGUGAAGAUGAGGAGUUUUAUGAUGCUGAUGAAGAGACCCAUAUGAUCAAGUAAUGAAAAGAAGAAACACUGACCUGUUUUCAUACCUUUUCUUACUUGUCCAGUCAGUCCAGCUCUAAGACGAGAGUUCUGGGGACCAUCUGUCAGGGAAUGUAACUGGGCAAAUGCCUUUGUCUUUCCUGAUUAGGAGGAGAGCUUGAGUACUGUUCAGAUUAAUUACACCACUGAUACUCUUCAUACGAGACAGCCAUUCAAAUUCUUGUAGGCCAGAUUAAGAAUGCAAAGUUCACAUUUGAAGCCAGGUGGGAGAGCAAGGAAGGAUGAUGCAUUUCUGAAGCCUAGGAAAUUAUCCACUGUUUGGGCAGAUCAUCAGCGUAUACGUUUUCUUUUCAAGGCGAUUGGUUUUGAGUCAGCAUAAAUUGACAAAUUUGAAAACGUCUACUGUUUUACUUUGGUAGAGUGAAAGGGGUCACACUGUGCUGUGUGCUACCCCAGUGGGAGCAAACUCUAGAAAUUUUAUGUUAAAAUGGGUUCCACAUAUUGAGUUGUGGAGAGGCAACUGUGAACAUACGGUUUCUCUUUCUGUACACCAACACCUGUACAGAGUUACAGGGUGCAGCUGGUUAGUCAUGAUCUGUGUGUGAACUUUGUGAUGAUGGAAGGCUGGGAGAAGGGACUUCUGGAAAGAACAGCCACAAAGUCUACAGACAUAUAGGAUGUUGCUGGUUUCUCUCACCUGUUAAUCCACCAAACAUUUUCUUGGGCUGUCUUAUGCAUAAAUUUGCCACAUGUUCCUCACAUCUUAAAACUGCUGUUCCAUAGCUUUGCCUACUUUAACGUUAUCCUCACUUUGCCAUAAAUACUGAAGCUCAGCAACUUGUGUGCCUGUUCAGUGAAGUAAAUCUGCUAAAGGAUAUAAUUUCAAGAAUGGGACACAGGUGAGGUGUUUAUCACAUACUGUGUAGUGUGAGGUGUGUGUUAGAAUAUGUAGCUCAUUUAUGUGGACCAGUUUGUGUUUUUAUUUCUGGAAGAAACUCAACUCUGAGAAACUGUGGGCUGCUAUUACAUUUUGUAGGAUUAUUGCCAGGAAGCUGCUAGAAUCUAUUUAAAACUAUUGUGUUAGAUAAAGUUUUUAAACUCUUUAAGCCAGCAUUUACUUGAUUACCUGACCUUGUUGAGGAAGACAACUUCAUUCUCCUGUUUACACUGAGCUUCUUUGUUAGAAGGAACAAAGGAAAUGUUGUGACUACAACAGUGACAACAGUGAGGCCUUAGGAAGGUUCAGCUUUCUUGAUUACGUUAUCAUCUUCAUUCUCUAACCUGUGGCUUGCUAUUUAUUAAGACUGGUUUCCUUAAAAUGUUUGAUAGCUUUUAUACUUGGAGUUCCUAGCAAAGUGCCUGCUACAUAGUGACUGCAAGUAGUUUCCAGCCUUACUGACCAUUUCUGUGAGAGCUGGAUUUAAAAGAAAAAAAAAACAACA